CACAUUUGUGUGAUACUUCAGAUACUUGCUGAUACCAACAACCUAUUCCGCAUCCGCAUCCCGACGCUCCAGCUUUGCCUAAAAUGCUAAAGGGUAGCACACUCAAAGCCCUGGACGUCAGAAUCCUACGGCCCCUUAUUAAAACAAGAUUGCUCUUAUCCUGUUGCAGCGGAGGACAGCAGCGCAGCUUCUCCAGCAGCAUCCACCGGUCCUACAUAACUUUCAAUGAUUUCCGCAAGAAACACCGCUGGUACACUAAGAAGGAGCUUGUGGGGUACUCCAUGCAGGAUAUGUACAGCGUGGUUUCCGACGUCAGCAAUUACCACAAGUUCGUGCCGUAUGUAAAGCGCUCCGAUGUCCACAGCCAGAGCAGUGGGGGCUUUAAGGCGGACCUCAUCGUCGGGUUUCCGCCGCUUAACGAGGCCUACACCUCGCAGGUGACCCUAGUGGCGCCCAGCUUGGUUAAAUCUGAGUGCCACGAUGGACGUCUGUUUAACUACCUCCUGAAUGAGUGGUCUUUUAAGCCGGGCCUCAAGGACAUACCUAACUCCUGCGUGCUGGACUUCAAGGUCUCCUUCGAGUUCAAGUCCCUCCUGCACAGCAACGUCGCCAACAUAUUUUUUGACCUUAUCUGCGAUCAAAUGGAAAACGCUUUCAUCCAGGAGGUGCGUCGACGGAGUGGUCCGCCCUCAAUCCGCUCCCACGUGCUCACUUCGGAGCGGUCCUGACCAGAUGAUUUGCGCGGAUGGAGUUUCAUUAGUGAUUUAAGUUAAAGUUGUGUAUGUUGCGUUGACAAACCCCUUUGCUAGUACAAUUAACCAAAUUGUAAAUAAAUUGCCUAUCAAUUUGUGUAUAAACGAA